AUGCAGUCACGGAGGAACUCCAUGAUGUCGCGUGUGUGCCGCAGGUACGCACGCGUCCCCGGCCAGCACGGUGACGGCAACGCCCCCGCCUUUUACCCAAUCGCCAUUAACCCAAGCUGGUGGGGACAACCGUUCGGAAAAGUGAAGGACGCGACGGGCCAGAUUGUCUUCCUCUACCUUGUGGUGUUUCCAUUCUCCAUGUACUGGCUGUUCGAUGUGACCUUCGGGCAGCGCACGCGUGUCGCAAACGUUGGUAAGCGCGCAUUGUACUCCAACUUCUUCUUUAGACAGAUGGACCUCGACGACCCGGACCAUGCGAUCAAGUAUGAGAAAAUGCGGGAGGAAGUAGCAGAGAACAAACUGGAGGUACGCUGGGGUGGCACGAACUUCCUCGCGAGCUACUUGUGGGAGCCUGGGGACCCACAGCCGGAUAUCCGCCGCCGUGCUGUUCCCGAGCACCACUAA